AUGGCUAUACUCAAUAAUCUACGGGAGAUCAAGGACUGGAUCUCGUCUGCCUCUCCCUCAGCGGUCCCGCAAUGGGAGACAGAUACUCUCCUACGAUGUGCGCCGAAAAAAUCGCCUGGUUCAGUCAUUCCUGGCGGUUUGGACCAUUCUUCAAGUACAAAAACACAACCAGGCCGUCCAUCUGUCCCGCUUGACGCGUCGCGAAUAUCGGAUAGCAACGUAUCACAUAGUACUAUGGGAUCAUCGGCUUCGAUGCAUAAGAAUGGCGUUUCUGGCGCUUCUAUGCUCUCGCUUCUGUCAAAUCAGAACUCACUGAAUAGUGUGCAAUUUGGGCUGAAUAACAAUUUAAACACAACAACUCAUUUAAGAAACCACAAGGACUCUUCUCGAAAUAUAAACCACAAUAUAAACGUCAUCAGUGAUGAUGAGGAUAAGCCAGAUGACGAUGAUCUCGAGCUUCUAGAUGAUCUAGACUUCCCUCUUCCCUCUAAUACCCCUUUGCCAAAAGUGAACCCAAAACGGCCUCUAGAUCAUUCCUCGAUGAGUUCUGCCCCUUCUUCCACCCAAUUUGAGAAGCCCAUGAACUUUUCUGGCUCGUUCUCCAUUAUAGACCCUGUAAAACUAGGCCUAACAGAUUUACUAGAUUCAGCGUCAUUUAAGGAGCCACGACAAAAAAAACAGAGAGUCGAAUUGACAAGCGCGGAAUAUUCGGCUGCUUCAUCUGAGACGAUAAAGAAGAAGUCCAGUGGGGUUAUUUCACAACUCGAGGGCGUCUCUAAGCUGUCACAACAGAGCAUUUCUCAAGCUUUUAGCCGGCUUAUUCCCUCCACAUCACAAGUCAUUUCCGCAUCUGAGAGAUCCGCGAACACAGAUAUCUCUCAGCUACAUAAAUACAUCCGCCUUUGCGAAGCCAAGAUACAACUUCUUACAAAACGCAAUGCAGUUAAUGAUUCCACGUCUCUUUCGCUCGAUGCAAAAACACAGUGGAUCAAGGAAAAAUACGAACCUAGAAUGAAAACCAUCUCAUCAGAUAUCCAAUCAAUACGCCCGGCAUUCACGUUCCUAGAUCCUCCUUUGGAUGAAAAGAACUUGUCUAACGUCAACUCUGAUAUAGAGACAAGUCAAUUGCCGCCUGUCAGAAAAUCUUUAUUCGAUUCUUCUCCUCUCAAACCCGCUGUUGAUGACUCUCUAGAGCACAGCCGAAGGGUUGAGAUAAAAAACUCAAUUAGUGUUGAUCAUAUUGCCGAAUCUAUCGAAGACUCCGAGAGCCUUAUACAAGAAUAUCGACCAAAUGACUACACGUCCAAUAUUGAAGAGGCUCGUCGGAUGGUGCAAGAAGAAAAAGAGAGGGCUUUGCACACAAAGACUUAUGGCGCAAAAGAUGAUGACUCGGAAGAUGACUUCGGCGCUAAUUAUUUGGAUGGUCUUGUCUCCUCGCAAGAUGAAUCAGAUAACACCGAUUUGAGUGGCUUUGUCGUCCGUGACAAUGAAAAUGGAAAUAUCAACAGCCCUAAUUCUGUAGACAACACAUAUCUUGGAACGCAAAACACUCAGGAUGAUUCUGCAAUUGGAACCGAUGACGAUCAAGGCGAUAUCUCUGAAAUCGAGGCUCUGGUACCAAUACAACACGAGUUGCAAGACUUACUUUCAGGUGAUGACGAACAAAAUUCUAAUCAGACGCCUGAUGCUAUCGAGAUUAUUGACGAUGACAAUGGCCCGAUCGAUUUCACGUCUCAGCUUAAUGAGAAUCGUGACGAGAUCGUACAUAUCCCCUCAGAGGAUGAACUAGAUGAUGAGGAUAUUGAUGGCCUUCGCGAGUUGCUGCAUAUCAAAUUGGAGCCCUCGCAAAAUUCUCUGCCAAAACUUAUUAGCGAGAGUGAUUUCAGUGAUGACGAUGACGAAUUGCUUCAGCUCACGAAGAAUGUAAAUCCUUCACCAUCAGAUCUCAACUUGAUGGCGAGCGACGAGAGACGUGUGAUCCCGGGAUCUGAGAAAUUCAUUGAUGAAAUUUACACUGUACUCAAUAAGAAUUUUGGUCUUGCAAAGUUUCGACCAAACCAACUCGAAGCAGUUGUCGCCUCUCUUCAAGGAAAGGAUGUAUUCGUACUCCUUCCAACUGGUGGUGGAAAGUCUUUGUGCUUUCAAUUGCCGGCCUUAGUUAAAGGCGGCAUCACUCGUGGAGUGACAAUUGUUGUAUCUCCUCUUAUCUCUUUGAUGCAAGAUCAGGUUCAACAUUUGCUCGAGAAGAACAUCAGAGCUGGAAUGAUCAGUUCGAGAGGAACAGCAACUGAAAGAAACACUACCUUCAAAGCUUUGACUAGCGGUCAAUUGGAUUUGGUAUACCUUUCACCCGAAAUGAUUAAUAAUUCAGGGCGAGUUCAAAAAAUCAUUUCGAAAUUGCAUGAAAAUGAUAUGCUCGCAAGGGUCGUAGUUGACGAGGCUCAUUGCGUUAGUUCUUGGGGCCACGAUUUUAGACCAGACUAUCAGGGUAUGAAUUUCUUCAAGCAAAACUAUCCUCGAGUACCUAUCAUGGCUCUUACUGCGACAGCAAGUGAAAAGGUCAUUCUCGACAUAAUUCAUAAUUUGCAAAUGGACAAUCCAGUUAUGUUGAAGUCAAGUUUCAACAGAACCAAUUUGUUCUACACAGUGAGAAAUAAGCCCCCUGCUAUCUAUGAAUGGAUCAGCAAUUAUAUACUCUCCAAACACAAGGGCCAAACGGGAAUCAUAUACUGUCAUUCGAAGCAGUCGUGCGAAACGACUUCUCAGAAGCUUAAUGAAUGCGGGAUUAGCUGCUUGUACUACCAUGCGGGAAUGGAUUUCGAAGAAAGACUCGAUGUUCAGCUCCAAUGGCAGAACAACAAAAUUCAACUCAUCUGUGCAACAAUCGCAUUUGGUAUGGGAAUUGACAAGCCAGAUGUCAGAUUUGUCAUUCAUAUGUAUAUCCCCCGAACGCUAGAAGGAUACUAUCAAGAGACAGGCCGUGCAGGCAGAGAUGGUAAAGAAAGUGAUUGCAUUAUGUUCUAUUCCUACAAAGAUGCUCGCGCGCUAAAUGGCCUCAUCCAGCGCGAUAAGAAUUUAGAGGAAAGAGCUCGUGAGUGGCACCUAAUCAAGCUUCGUCAAAUGGUCCAAUAUUCCGAGAACAAAACAGAUUGCCGCAGGCGGCAAGUUCUCCAUUUUUUUAAUGAGGCAUUUGAUGCGAAAAAAUGCCAGAAAAAGUGUGACAAUUGUUGCACUAAUACAAAAUCAAUUAUCAAAGAUGUCACUCAGCAUUGUGUGAAUAUAAUGAAAAUGGUUCAAGCAAUUCAGAACGACAAAGUCACAGUUCUCCAUUGUCAGGACGUCUACAAAGGCUCCAAAAAUAAGAAGAUCGUGACACAGGGCCACCAUGAGAAUGAGUUUCAUGGUAUGGGGAGAGAUUUGGAUAGAGGAGAUAUAGAAAGAAUCAUAUUCGAAUUGCAAAGUCUCAACGGAUUAGUUGAAUACCAAGUGAUGAGAGGCGGGUUUGCUACUUCGUACAUCCGGCUUGGCUCGAAAGCAAAUGAGAUUUUGAAGGGGAAGCAAAAGAUAACCUUGAGUUUCACAGAAGUCUCCAAAGCUCCUACUGCACCGUCAACUGGCCCACGGCUCAAAGCAACAGGAAAUGGGCAAGGGCUAGACAAUUACAGGUACACGGACUCUUUUGUGAGCGCACUUGAAUUUAAGAACCAAGGAGAGCUGGAAAAGGAGAACUACAGCUGGCUGAGCUCGUCGUCAAAGAUCGUGCUACCUCAAGAAACUUUCAACAACGCGGUUAAUGAUUCGAAUAGUGCUAUAAUUGAAUCUGCUUUCACAGAGCUUCGCAAUUUCCGGCAGCAGAAGCUGUCUGAGAAAGGGUUUGCUCGGUCCAGCUACUAUGUCAGCGACGCGCUUCUCAAGGAAAUGGCUAUCAAGCUACCUACAAAUGCUCGAGAUUUUGCAAAGCUAGAGAAUGCGUCAAAGGAUCAAGUCACUACGGUAUUUGCGGACUUCAAAAAAACACUUGGCUCAUUGGCGCGGGCACGUAAAGGCGGGUCGCAAGACCCUCGGACAACAUCACAAAACUCUUCGCCAUAUUUCAAGCUGCAGAAAGCAACUCAAUCCAAUAGGAGUCACGGCCGUGCAAAGAAUCGGAACUCACAGUCGGGCUCAAGGAACAGUGGCUCGCGGCGUGCUAAUGAAUCAAAAGGGCCUAGUCAAAGCACCUCCAAACACAUUCGGCAAAUGCCAAUUUAA